AUGGGUCACCAGGAGCUCUACUGUGGCCAUCCAAGGAAAUUUGGCCUGGGUUGUCAUUCCUGCCCCAUCUGCACAAACCAGCAAGGUCUGAUGUGGAAAUACUGUGUCACUAUGUGCCUCCAGGGUCUCCUUCAGUAUGGGAAGAAUAUGGGCUUCAUUAAAUUGGAUUAUGUGAGCCACCUUGAAUGGGUCCUCCAAGAUACCUACUGUAAUGCCUAUUCAUUGUACAUAAAAUAA